AAUCCCUCCUAAAACCUCACAGCUCCAAGAGCAGAAGAAAUGGCGAGCUCGGAAGAUCUGCUGCAAACUUUAGGGGACUUCACGAGCAAAGAGAACUGGGACAAGUUCUUCACCAUUCGAGGCAGCGAUGACUCCUUCGAGUGGUACGCCGAGUGGCCUCAGCUCAGUCAUCCCCUCCUCUCUCAUCUCUCCAACCUCCCUUCUCUCGCCCAUGCUUCCACUCCUCAGCUACUCGUACCAGGCUGCGGAAACUCUCGCCUUUCCGAGCAUCUCUACGAUGCCGGCUUUCCUGGCAUUACUAAUAUCGAUUUCUCCAAGGUUGUUAUCGGAGAUAUGUUGCGCCGCAACAUCCGGCAACGCCCCCAUAUGCGGUGGCGGGUCAUGGACAUGACCAGCAUGCAGUUUGCAGAGGGCACUUUUGAUGCUGUCAUUGAUAAAGGCGGACUGGAUGCUCUGAUGGAGCCGAAGCUUGGUCCAAAGUUGGGAAAUCAGUAUCUAUCGGAGGUAAAGAGAGUUUUGAAAUCUGCUGGAAAAUAUGUGUGCCUUACCUUGGCUGAAUCUCACGUGCUAGAUAUUCUUUUCUCAAAGUUCCGAAUUGGGUGGAAAAUGACUGUUGAUGCUGUACCUAUGGAGUCUUCUACUAAACCCAGCCUUCAAACAUUUUUAGUUGUAGCGGAGAAGGAGAUAUCUACAUUGGUGCACCAGAUUACAUCUUUACUCGAUAAUUCUUCUCUUCAGUGUAAUUCAAAACAGGCUUGUGGACUUCGUGAAGCUCUUCAAAAUGAGAAUCAAAUCCGUAAACAAUACUCCAGUAGUUCUGACAUAUUAUACUCUCUUGAAGAACUGCAACUUGGAGUAGGAGGGGAACUGACAAAGCUUUCCCAAGGUCGACGUUUACAACUAACUUUGGGCGGACAAGGGAGCUCUCGUUUCUCCUACAGAACUGUACUUCUUGAUGCUGAGGAAACCUCUGACCCAUUUACAUAUCACUGCGGGGUUUUCAUUGUGCCUAAUACUCGUGCCCGUGAGUGGCUGUUUUUCUCUGAAGAAGGACAGUGGAUGGUGGUCAGGAGCUCAAAAGCAGCACGUCUUGUAAUGGUUUUCCUAGACCCCAGCCAUACUAAUGCAAGCAUGGAUGAGAUUCAGAAGGAUUUAUCUCCCCUGGUUAAACAACUGGAACCUGCCAAAAAUCAGAGUGGUGCUCAGAUACCCUUCUUGAUGGCAAGUGAUGGGAUCAAGAAACGAAAUAUUGUUCACCAGGUCACAUCAUCGUUAACUGGACCCAUUAUUGUUGAAGAUGUAGUUUAUGAAAAUGUAGACGAUGAUGUCAGUCAUGUUUUUCCUUCGAGUGAUCUGGUGUUUCGACGCCUUGUAUUUGAGAGAGCUGCAAAUCUAGUGCAGUCUGAAGCUAUUCUAAAAGAGGAACAGUUACCUAGCAAACUGAUUGGUGAGACAGAGAAGAAGAAGAAGAAGACCAACUCAGCUUCCAAAUCUCGGAAAAAGGGAUCUCAGAGAAAAGUUGGUGAAGCAACCAACCAGUCAGCAGUUUAUCAUGGAUAUCUAGCUAGUUCUUAUCACACAGGAAUUAUUUCUGGAUUAAUGUUAAUAUCUUCCUAUAUGGAAAGUAUCGCAUCAAGUGGGAAGAUGGUUAAAGCAGUCAUAGUAGGUCUUGGAGCUGGUUUACUUCCCAUGUUUCUUCAUAGAUGCAUCCCCUUUAUGCAUAUUGAGGCUGUGGAGUUAGAUCCUAUCAUUGUUGAUAUUGCAAGGGGUUACUUUAAUUUUGCUGAAGAUGAACGCUUAAAGGUGCAUGUAACUGAUGGGAUCCAAUUUGUCACUGACAUAGAGGUUGCUGUUUCUACAACAACUGAAGUUAGCACUGCUCCAUCUCAUUCUAGUGGGGAUUGCAUUACAUCUCAUGUAGAAGGCAAAGGGGGUUCUAAAGUUGAUAUUAUUGUUAUUGAUGUCGAUUCUUCAGAUCCAAGCUUUGGAAUGACAUGCCCUGCUCCAGAUUUUUUGGAUGAUUCUUUUCUCAAGACCGCAAAGGCUAAACUUUCAGAGGAAGGUCUAUUUGUUGUCAAUAUGGUGUCCCGAUCCCAAGCUAUCAAAGACCUUGUUCUUGUGAGAAUGAAAGAGGUCUUCAGCCACCUCUUUUGCCUCCAGCUUGACGAGGACGUCAAUGAAGUCCAUUUUGCUCUCAACACGGAGUCCUGCAUUGAGGAUAACCACUUUUCUGAUGCUGCUCUUAAGCUUGAGCAAUUGUUGAAGUUUGAAAACCCAAAGAUGUGCAAAAAUGUUAUUGAUGCAACAGGGAAGAUCAGACGUCUGAAGUGAAACCCAGCACAUUGGAGUUCCCUAAUCCUCCCUAUGAACGUGCUUCUUUAGAUAAAAUGAUUUUGCGAAGCCAUAUGGAUUUGUUGAACCCCACGAAGCAAUUCCAGCUGAUCAUGGUGCGUGGGAAAUCUUAUUCAUCUGCAGAUUGGAUUGUCUAGUGCCAUAUCAAGAUACUUUGUUGAAUCACACAGAUAGUUUCUUGUAAAAAGAUUCAAGCGACUUCAACGUUUCUCUUGGUGGAUCUGUCAGUCCAUUGCCCAAGAAAUUCUGAAAUCUUUCUAAAGGGGUGGGGUGGGGGGAUGAGAUACCAGGAUGUCAUUUUGGAUGUGAACAAAUUGAAUGGAACCAUCAUGCCAGAAAUUUAUUUACAGGUUAGCUCAAA